AUGAAAAAUAAUUAUUUUAUCCGUUGGGUUUUCUCUACAAAUCAUAAAGACAUAGGAACUUUAUAUUUAGUUUUUGGUGUUGGAGCAGGUCAAAUUGGGACUGCUUUUAGUAUGCUUAUACGAUUGGAGCUUUCUGCGCCAGGCGCGAUGUUAGGUGAUGAUCAUCUUUAUAAUGUAAUUGUAACAGCACAUGCUUUGAUUAUGAUUUUUUUUUUAGUAAUGCCGGUUAUGAUUGGGGGGUUUGGAAACUGGCUAGUGCCAUUAUAUAUUGGGGCACCGGAUAUGGCGUUCCCCCGAUUAAAUAAUAUUAGUUUUUGGUUAUUACCACCUGCUUUGUUUUUAUUGUUAGGCUCUGCUUUUGUUGAACAAGGCGCAGGAACGGGAUGAACGGUUUAUCCUCCUCUUUCUGAUAUUUAUGCGCACUCUGGGGGUUCUGUUGACAUGGUUAUUUUUAGUCUUCAUUUGGCUGGGGUUUCUUCUAUCUUAGGAGCAAUAAACUUUAUUACAACGAUUUUCAACAUGCGAGCCCCUGGUGUCUCUUUUAAUAGAAUGCCCUUGUUUGUUUGGUCUAUUUUAAUAACUGCUUUUUUAUUACUUUUAUCUUUGCCUGUGUUAGCGGGUGCAAUUACUAUGUUAUUAACAGAUCGAAAUUUUAAUACAACUUUUUUUGAUCCUUCUGGAGGUGGGGAUCCUAUUUUGUUCCAACAUUUAUUUUGGUUUUUUGGGCACCCCGAAGUUUAUAUUUUAAUUUUGCCUGGUUUUGGUAUAAUUUCUCAAAUAAUACCUACUUUUGUUGCUAAAAAACAAAUUUUUGGGUAUUUAGGGAUGGUUUAUGCGAUGCUUUCAAUUGGUCUUCUUGGGUUUAUUGUUUGAGCCCAUCAUAUGUUUACAGUUGGGAUGGAUGUGGACACAAGAGCUUAUUUUACUGCGGCAACUAUGAUUAUUGCCGUGCCAACUGGAAUAAAAGUGUUUAGUUGGUUGGCCACUAUUUAUGGUGGAACUUUAAGAUUAGACACUCCUAUGCUUUGGGCUAUGGGUUUUGUUUUUUUAUUUACAGUAGGCGGUUUAACAGGGGUUGUAUUAGCAAAUAGUUCUCUUGAUAUUGUUCUACAUGACACAUAUUAUGUAGUUGCACAUUUUCAUUAUGUUCUUUCUAUGGGGGCUGUCUUUGCUAUUUUUGGGGGGUUUUAUUAUUGAAUUGGGAAAAUUAGUGGAUAUUGUUAUAACGAACUCUAUGGUAAGGUCCAUUUUUGGUUAAUGUUUAUAGGGGUUAAUUUGACGUUUUUCCCCCAACACUUUUUGGGUUUGACAGGUUUUCCAAGACGAUAUUCGGACUUUGCGGAUAGCUUUGCUGGUUGGAAUUUAGUUAGCUCCUUGGGCUCUAUAAUUUCCAUUGUAGGAGUCGUUUGGUUUCUAUAUAUUGUUUAUGAGAUUUAUGUUCGAGAGGAGCCAUUUAUUGGUUGAAGAGAGGACACGGACUCGAGCUGGGCUUCUUUAGAGUGAGCGCAUGUUUCUCCCCCUUUAUCUCAUACUUAUAAUGAGCUUCCUUUUGUUAUAAAAAUACAAACAGAUCAUUAA